ACUCUUCCUCGUAUCUGGAUUCAUCACUCGAAUCUUUCUUUCACUUACGUACAACAAGAAUGAUGCGUCAUAGAUGGGGAGGAGGGCAUCUGGUGUGGAUGUGUCUCUGUGUGUUGGCAAUGGCGGAUAUCACCAUGGGAGCAGCUCCAAGGACGCCGGUAGCUGUACCUUUUGGAAGGAACUAUGUCCCCACUUGGGCAUUCGACCAUAUCAAAUACUUCAAUGGUGGUUCUGAGAUCCAACUAUCUUUAGACAAAUACACAGGCACUGGCUUCCAAUCCAAAGGAUCUUACCUCUUCGGCCAUUUCAGUAUGCAGAUUAAGAUGGUUCCCGGAGAUUCCGCCGGCACCGUCACCGCCUUUUAUCUUUCGUCGCAAAACUCUGAGCAUGACGAGAUAGAUUUUGAGUUUUUGGGGAACAGAACAGGGCAGCCGUACAUUCUUCAGACCAACGUCUUCACCGGCGGGAAGGGUGACCGGGAGCAACGCAUCUACCUUUGGUUUGAUCCCACCAAAGCUUAUCACUCCUACUCCGUUCUCUGGAAUCUUUACCAGAUUGUGUUUUUUGUGGAUGAUGUUCCAAUCAGGGUGUUUAAGAACAGUAAAGAUUUGGGGGUUAGAUUUCCAUUCAACCAACCGAUGAAGAUUUACUCGAGCCUAUGGAAUGCCGACGAUUGGGCGACGAGAGGUGGGUUGGAGAAGACCGAUUGGUCAAAGGGACCAUUUGUUGCAGCCUACAAGAGUUUCCACAUCGACGGCUGUGAAUCAUCGGUAAAUGCAAAGUUCUGUGCAACCCAAGGCAAACAAUGGUGGGACCAGAAGGAUUUCCAAGAUCUUGAUGCUUACCAAUGGCGUCGUCUCCGAUGGGUUCGUAGUAAAUACACCAUUUACAACUAUUGCACUGACCGUAAGCGAUUCCCCACCAUGGCACCUGAAUGCAAGAGAGAUCGCGACGUCUAAAUCAAUGGAUUCCAUAUAUUAUUCUCAUCCGAUUUGAAUCCUAUAUAAUAUAAUAUUUAUGAAGUGAGGAUCGAAUUUAUGAUGGGAUUUCAGUCAAACUUCCCCAUCUUAAUCACAAAUAUAUGUAAUCCUAUGUUGUCAUUGUAUUCUUUCUUCCACCUUAUUAUUCAAUUAUUCCCACUUUAUAAGGACUUGUACCAAUCUUUAUGUUGAAAAUCUACUAAUUACUGAAUAAUAUUGUCGAAUUUACAUGUUUUUAUGA